AUGGAUGGAAAACUAGAUGAAGAAAUAAAAAAAUGGGAAGGCAAUGAUGCUAGAAAUAUAAGUAAUAUAAAGACUUUGUUUGAUGAUUUUUCUAAAGAAUUUACUGACGAUGAUUAUGAAGAAGAAGAAGAACAAGAAAUGAAGGAUGUUUAUGAUUUUUUUAAUGAUAAUGAAGAUAAUUCCAUUGUAAAUGGAACAAAAUACAAUGAUUUUUGCACGAUUCUUGUAAGAAAUUUAAAGGGUGCAUCUUUAGAUGAAUAUGGAUCCGACUAUGAAAAGCACCCAGGCUAUAUAGACCCUAAUAUACGAUGUGUCUAUUUAAACAUAUGGCUACAUUUUUACACAAAUAUACGUUGUAUUCCAGUCGACGAUAUGAACAUUCUUUUUAAUAAAGUAACUGAUAAAAUCUCCAAUUUGAAUAUAAGUAGUACUAAGUAUACUAAUUGUCCUUUAGAAUCAUAUAAUCGUUCUGAUGAAAAACCAGAAGGAAAUAUAACAAAUUUAAUAAGUUUUCUGUUUAGGGAUCAUGAUAUUCCACCUAAAUUAUUUAGAAAAAAUUCAAAUUCAAUAGAUUAUUGUGAUAACAAGAAAAAUGAAAGAGCUAAAAUAUAUUCAGAAUUGAAUAGAACUUAUUGUAAUGAUACUCAAAUUUCACAUAAUAAAAUUAAUAAUUUUUGUAAUGAAUUAGAAACUUUUAAAAAUACUUAUACAUUAUUAUCUGAUGAGAAUUUAUUAAAAGAAGUCAAACCACCAUCGGAUCCCCCUCAAUCAAGUGAAUCUCAAGGAAUUACUGAUAAAAAAUCUGUUCAGGACAUUUCUACAAGUAUCCAUAGUACAUUGCCAAUAGAAAAACGUGAACAAGUCACUUCUG